AUGUCAGUGCUGGACACCUUCCCAGGUGACCAGACCCAGGAGCGUAAGACCGUUGUGCUGGUACACGGAAUACCUGGUCAGGCCACCAACUUUGACUCCCUGAUCACGAAACUACACGAUAUGGACAUCCGAGCGAUUGCUCCGUCUGAUAUUGGCUCACAACUGAGUCCGUACAACCUAACGUUGAUGCCAAACAUAGACUUCACCACCUCCGGACGCGCGCAUCGCCUGAGGACGGUCCUCAAGGAGUUAAACAUCCUUCGUAUCGACCUACUUAUAGGUCACAGUGCUGGUGCCUGGGUAGUGUAUGAGGCCAUCGCCGGAGGUUUGCGGGUCGGAUCUCUCUUCUUGUUCAGCCCAAAUGGUGCCGAGCCUAACAGGCCUCCCUAUCUUGUGAUAAUCAAUCAUUGUCUGAUAUGGUUUGCUUUUUUCCCCCUAAUUGAGGCUUAUGUUAUUGAGAGGAUAAGCAGCAUACUGGACUCACAGUCAUCCAAGGGUGGUGUUUCUCCACACUUAGGAGGACGGGACGAGAGACCACCCACUCUCAAAUCCGGCUCGGGCGUGACAGCGUCCAGUGCAAACAAUCGAUGGGUACCACCCAGCAGUGCUCCAAGGGAUGGUGUCAAGCCCAAAGACAAAAAUGACCAAAUUUUCCGGCGUGUCAGAGGGAUUCUCAACAAACUUACUCCUGAGAAGUUUGAUAAGCUGAGCCUUGAAUUGUUAAAUGUAGGCAUUGAAACCCAAGUUAUCCUUAAAGGAAUUAUUCUUUUGAUUUUUGAAAAGGCUUUGGAAGAACCUAAAUACAGUUCAUUAUAUGCUCAACUGUGCCAUAGAUUAUGUGAAGACUCGCCGAACUUUGACCCUCAAACCAGCAGCGUUACAACUUUCAGGCGGCUUUUGCUAAACAAGUGCCAAGAUGAGUUUGAAAACAGGUCUCAUGCAACAGAAGUCUUCGACAAGAAAGAUGUUCGGCUUACAGAGGAGGAGUGUGAGCAGUAUCACAUUGUCAAGAAGAAGAUGCUUGGGAACCUCAAGUUCAUCGGUGAGCUUGGUAAGUUGCAGAUGUUGCACGAGGGCAUUCUUCACAAGUGCAUCAAGCAAUUGCUGGAGAAGAAAAAGAAUGCACAGCUUCGAGACAUGUCAGAGGAUUUGGAGUGCUUGUGUCAGAUAAUGCGCACCAUUGGCCCACGCAUAGAUACGCCUAAAGCGAGGGCCUGGAUGGACCAAUACUUUGAGCGAAUCAACCAGUUUGCUCUCAACAGCGAGCUCCCGUCUCGGAUUCGCUUUAUGCUUCAGGAUGUUAUCGAGCUGCGAGACAAUGACUGGAAGCCCCGUAAGAUUGCAAAUGAGACCGGGCCAAAAACCAUCACCCAGAUUAGACAAGAAGCUGGAGUGAAUGGUCGCGGCUCCCAGAACAACCAGUCGCUGUUGCAGUCUCGCAUGAUGAACAUGGGUAAUAUCCCAGGCACGAACUGGAAAGGUGGCAUGGGUGACAUUUUCAGCAUGCCAGUAGGCUCCAUGAGUAAUGCCAUUGGUGUUGGACCUGGAGUGAUACAGAUGGACAACUUCUCCUCAAUGCCUAACAAUUUCAACAACGGUAUGAAUAGGAACAGGUUUAAUCAACAGAAUCCAAGUUAUCAAAAUAAUUUCCAGACCAACUUCAAUAACAAAGGACGUGGGAAGUCACAACAGGAGGGCAGCGGCUCCAGCCCAAACAAUCAGCGUAGAAAUAACCAAGGUGCCUAUAACCAGCAAGGAGGAAACACGUCAGGUCAUGGAGGCGGCGGCAGCUAUGGACAGCAGGGUGGAGGCUAUGGGCAACAGAACUUUCAGCCCAGUCACCAUUUUCAGCAACAGCAAAACAAGCAAGGUGGAAUGAACAGGGAUCUCCCGCCUCGUUUCCAACGCAUGGUUCAGCAACAGACUGGGCCUGGAGCUGGUCAGGGAGGUAGAGAGUCUGGCAUGGGUCCCAACAACUCUGGUUCUGCUCCCAUCGGAGCACCAGGACAGCCCUCACCCUCGACCUCUCCACCAUUGAAUUUGGCACCGCCUGUUAAUGGAAUAAAGGAGGAAGUAAGCCUGCGGCCAGUAAAGAACUUCACCAUGUUCAAGCCCAACACACCGUCAAUGUUACCACGCUCAGCACAGGCCCAGCACCCUGCACCGAGGGAGUCUGGCUUUGUUGCAAAGAAGAGCACUGACAUCUCGGAGAUGUUGAACCCUCUGCUGGACAAACAGCAGCAGCAGCAACAACAACAACAGCAGCAGCCAACGGCUGUCAAGCAAAUAAGGGAUGAGAAGAAUAAAUCGCCAGUUAAGGAAAAGCUCACCAAGGAGAAGAUGAUUGACAGACUAAGUUACUUGCUGUCAGAGUGCUAUGUGAGUCAUAGCCUUGCGGAUACUGUGGCUGAUAUCAAGGAAAUGAAUGUGCCGAGGAAAAUGAUUCCAGACCUGUUAGCACAAAUAAUGUUGGAGUCUUUAGAGAAAACAGAUGCUGAACAAGAACUGUCCAUGAAGUUGAUUGAUGAUCUCAGGUCUGAUGGAGUUACCAGUGCAGAUCAGUUUAUGCAGGGUUUCAAACAAGUGUGUAAUCAGAUGAGUGAGCUUGAAACUGAUGUGCCCCUGGUGAAGUCACAUGUUGCCCGCUUUGGUGCCAUGGCAUUGACUCUUGGCCUGGUGUCCCUGACAGAGCUUGCGGAACCUUUAGAGAAUGGAGUCCAUUAUCCUUUGUUCCUCCUGUGUCUCCAACACACUCAUAAAAUCAAGGACAAGCAAUGGCUGGUGGACAUUUUCAAUCAAAGCAAAUUGGAUCUUCAGUCCAUGCUACCUGAACUUGAUCAGAACAAGGAACGUAUGCUGGAGAUCCUUGAGGACAGAGGCCUGAGUUUCAUGUUCCCCUUACUGCGCAUACAGUCGGAGCUGGGCCGACAGAUUGCUGCCGAGCCCACGGCCACAGCAGUCUUCAAGUGGGUCAAGGACAAGGUUGACACCUCCCUGCAUACUGACCCAGGCUUCAUCAAUGUCCUGGUCACAGCGGUUCUCAAAUUCAUCACAAGUGAAAGCACCAUGAAGGAUGAGGUUGACAUCACUGUUACACCUGAGAAAGCCCUCAUGGAUAAGGAAAAGGAACUCCUCGAAAAACUUAAGGGAGUGCUCCAGUUAUUCCUUCACGACCACACCAACUUACAGAUGGCAGCUCUCUAUGCUGUCCAGGUGUUCUGCUAUACAAAUCAGUUCCCCAAAGGCAUGUUCCUCCGAUUCUUCGUCAAUUUGUAUGAUAUGGAAGUGAUUGAAGAGGAGGUUUACCUUCGCUGGAAGGAGGAGGUCAAUGACCAGUAUCCUGGUAAAGGCAAGGCCCUCUUUCAGGUCAACCAGUGGCUCAACUGGCUGGAACAAGCUGAAGAAGAUGAUUCUGAAGAGGAGGAUGAGUGAGGCAGUGGUAUGAAGCUAGGCCUUGACCUCACGGAAAGCCAUCUCUGACUGGGGUGGCCUGUUGCAGCUGUUUACUGGAAGUAGAAGGAGUUUUCUCUGAUUCUCUGGAUUUAUUAUAUGGAUGUCCUGUUGUGUGCAGUUGGUGUCGUGGAAGUCACAUUCAAUGAGUCCAGUGCUCUCGGCAGUUUUGUUUUGUAUUGUUUUUUUUGGUUUUUUUCUGUUGGUUUUUUCUUCUUUUUUUUUCUUCUAUGUUAUUUAUUUUGUGAAGCUCCUUUACAUCUGAAUAAUUACACUCAAAUUCAGGAGAGCCUGUCGAGAAACGGAAGUGAUAAUCAAUGGAAAGUUCGCAGAUGGAUACAAAGAUAAGCGAUGGAGAACAGGCAGAUGAGAGGGAAGACUCACAACUUUGUCAAACUAUGUGUGAGCUGUAGUGAAGUGGUUUUAGAUGCUGUAAGGAUCAGGAGAACAAAAUUACAAACCAAAGUGUGUUUCUACUAAGUAUUCGUCUAGCAGACAUUGUUGCUGAGGACGCAGUCUGGUAGAUUUGAUCUGAUUGGCAAGGUGGAGGAAGAUUUCUUCUUUUUUGUCUCCUAGAUGAUGGGAGAAUGCUCCUGAAUGUAGUCAUCAAUGUAUCUCUGCUGUCGGGUGUGAGUGGAUGAAAGAUUAAUUUAAUAUGUCCCACAGUAGUUUGAGUCGUGUUUUAGCCUGUGUGUCAUGGGUUUUGUUGGGUUGUUUUUUUUAGUUACUCUCUUAAUCAGACGAAUUCAGUGAGAAUAGUGUGUGAGCAAGUGUUUUUGAGUUGUUUGACUUUACAAAACUGUUGUGUUUGCCUUGUCUUGAAUCAUACUUUGUCCUCUCAUUUCUGAAAUGUUGAGGGUAGCCACAGCUGGACUAUGUGCACACAAACUGCCAAACAUAAACUGGUGGUCAAACUUUUUGUAAUGACUUUUUAAGUCUCCAGAAUGUCUUGGAGUGUACAUGGAAGACACCCACAUGCAUUUGCCAUUCCUCCCAUGUUUUCCAUCAUUGCCAAUGAAAUAACAUCAGUGUUGAUCUUGUGUCCUUUUAUGAAUAUCAUGAAGUUCUAAAGAUGUACUUCUUCCAGACUGUCAUCUAUCAAUAAAAUUGGUUUGUCUUUCUGAACACUGCAGAUUAUUAUUGCGCAUCUUUUGUGUGUGUUUCUUCAUAAAUUGGUGUUGUAGUUGGUAUUGUUUUUCAUAGGAUAAUUAUUCACAAAUUUUGUCAUGUCAAUCUCAGUAAUGAAACAGGGCCAUGCCUGUUUAUUUGCCUUAAGAAAAUUUGUCUGAGACCUUGAAGCCUCUUCAUUUCUGAAUAAUGUAUCUUAUUUCCAUUUGUGACUAGUGUUUGUCUCUUGAUAUUUUACAUCAUCAUCAGGGAAAAUGAAAGUGUCUGUUCCAUAAAGUCAUAAAGUAAAUUUCUCUCCAACUGUCAAGGGCAUCUGGUUAGUGUAGGCAGUUUCUUUCACUGGAAAACAUUUGCGCCGUAUUCAGCGAUUGAUUGGUAUUUUCUUUUGAGCCAGUGUAUAAGUGAAGUGGAGGUGAAUAGGUGUUUGUUUGUUUUUAAGCUCAUGCUCUGUAAAGACAGGACAUUUGUAAUUAUUUUUGUAUUUUGCCAUAUAUUCAUUUUUACUUCUUUUCUUUAUGAGUGUUAUUGGGUUGGUGUUUUAUUUUUGUUAAUUAAAAAAAAAAAAUUUCAAUGAGGCCUUUUAAUGGUAAUAAUUCUGAACCAAAUGGUGUGACCAAAGCAUAUGGUUUACGGGAUUGACAUUUUUAAAGUUUUUGUCAAGAGUUCCAAAUUGUUGUCUAAUUUCAAGGUACUUAGUAGAGAUCUUUAUUUUUCCCUACAUUAACUUCAUUGUAUAUUCUCUUGUCACGUGAAAAUGUAGUUGUUGCUGUGCACCAUGUUUUUUUCUUUCUCUUCUAUUCUCUACUCUGCAUGACUAUUCUCUUUCUAGACUUGUUGUCAACUGUCUCCACCCAUAGUGAGCCUAGGCAUGCCGGGAGUUGGUCAUAGAACAUUGCUACAUCUGAAAACAUCUUACAUGGAGAUACUCAAGAUUCUUGUUGUCAAGAGUGAAUUUUCGUAAAGCAAAUAAAAAUGCCAGAACACCUUUUGAAUGACGCAUCUAUAAAUUAUUGAUCUGCGAGUUAAGAUGUUUUACAAAGACAAAUUAUUGUUGAACAGAGUCGUAGUUCUUAGAUUGACUGAUUGACUGUAAUUUUUUUUCUUUUUGAGUAUUGCUUUUAGGUGGUGACUGUGCUUUUACAGUGGUUGUUUUUUUUUUUCAAUUUUAAUGUACUUUCUAACUAAUUUUAGACUUAUAUGGACUGGGUUGCAGAUUUUUAUUUGUAUUUGAAGUUACUCUUACCUGUAUGCUCAAGACCUAUCUGAACCUGUUUGGCUGUCUAGUAACAUUGUUUUGACUGAGAAAUUUCAUUUCUCCCACCUCUUUCUACCCUUUCACUUGUGGAGUUUUUUUUUUUUUAAUUGUCCUUUUUACUAUUUACAUUUGAUCUGUUUAUAUUGUGUAUGGUAUCAUCUAUUUGUUAUUCACUUUUGUAUAUAUACAGUAAAGAUGCAUAGCAUGUGGUAAAGGCUGUUGGAAUUUGUGUGUCAGAUCAUUGUGAUAGAGUUGUAGUGUCAAGAAGGUGGCCGCUAGGGUGCUGUUGGUUACGAGUUAAGUUAGUCGACCAAGUGGAAGUUUGGGGGUUGAAUAAGACAAGUCUGGAUUGUUUUGGUCCUUCCUGGGAAAUUUUUCUUUUCCCUCUUCUCCGUUUAUUGGUAUGGGGCAAAGGAUUCUGCCUUCAAGUCAAACAACUGAACAAAGUAUAGGCCUAUAGGGGAUGUUGUGUAUAAAGAUGAAGGUGUAAGAAAGAGGCAAAAGUGAAAUGGCAACUACAAUUGGUUGAAAGACGCCACCAGUGUGUCCAUCUUCUUAUGUUCCCUUUGCUGUUUCUGUUUGUCCUGUCUUACUUGUGUGUGGUUGGUAAGUGCUCUGAUGUGGUUUACUUCUUUUUUCCUAUUGUUGUCUUUGCCGUUCCUCUUUCUUUCUUUGUGUGUAACACCUUUAAUCAUCGACACUUAUAUGACCUAAUUAUGUUGCAACUGCCGUAAAACUAGUACUAAAGCUAAACUGUCUUACUUGCUUUCUCCUGGCUAAAGGAAAGGAUCAUUAUUUUGCAAAUGUGAGUCUUGUUUACUCAAACUCAAACAAACAGGAAAUGGCAGCCUUGAGACAUAAAGGGUCCACUGCCUGACAGGGAACACUGUGUUUGAGCUGAUGUUGCAUUUUACAACAGCGCAAGUCCUUGGACAUAGUAAAUAUAAUUAUAUAAAUGUUCCAGGACAGUAGUAGGAACUAACACUAUGAAAGCUUUUACUUUUAAUUUAAUUCCUACGGCAAGUUGCCAGUGCAGCUUGAGGUUCCAUGUCCACUGGGCAAGGACUGCUUGCAUUGUUACAUUUGUAUGGUCCUACACAAAGUCACUUUGAAAUUAAAUAUAAAUCCACCACCUG